AUGGCUACAGAAUGCGCCAAGUGCAAAAAGUCCGACGUUGACCUCAAGACGUGCGCCAAAUGUCGCGCCGUGUCCUACUGCUCGCGCGACUGCCAGAAGGAUGACUGGAAAGUCCACAAGAAGUCAUGCGCCAGCAACGCUCAGCAAGGUCUGGGCGGGGGCGCCGCGCAACAAAAGGGCUUGGACAGCGGCAUCGCCAAACCUUUCACGGCCUUGAACAGUCGCACCUGGCUCCACAACCGCUCCGAGAAGGAUACCUUCAGAGUCCUCAUCGACUCGUACCGCCUCAAGAUGACCGACGACGUCACCUUUGACGGGGGCCCGGAGCCCGGCUCAAUCUACACGGCCGCCGGCAAGGCCGACCCGCUGCCCGGGUUCCGGCGCUAUCUCGACGCCGCCAAGUCCCGCAAGAACCUCUUGCCGUCCUGGUGGAGCGACGAGAAGCAGGCCGAGUGCGAGGCCUUGUGCACCGGCGGAGAGAGCUGGUGCGAUAUCACACGCCCCGUCCAAAAGGGCCAGUUCAACGACCACUAUGGCAGUCCCACGUUCGCCAUGCAGCUCCGCAUGCUCCGUGAGCAGAUCACCGGCCGAGGCCCCGGCGGACAGCCUGGCGAGGGCAUGAUUCGCAUGCAGAUGAUGACGGAAGGUGGUGGCUUUGGAGGACACGUAUCACACCUUGAUGUCGCAACUGGCCGAAUGGCUUGA